GUGUCGUUCAACGACAGUCGGCGACUUACGGUCCCUCGAAACCGCAAAAAUUCAGUAAAAGUUUUUUUUUGAAAAAAUAAAGUUAAAUUUAAAAAAAAAAUCAAAAUUCCGGUUACGGGAUUUUUCGAUAUUCAGUGGAGCGGUCUGGUGCGAGGGGCGAGGGAAUAGGGGGCGAGUUAAGGGCGGCACCCUUGGGGGCCUCGGAUACAUCAACUGGAUCACACGUGAGUUAUUGACUGACCAAACAUGGAACAAUUCGAGCAAUUACUGACCUGCGCAAUAUGCCUGGACCGCUACCGUAACCCCAAGCUGCUACCCUGCCAGCACAGCUUUUGCAUGGAACCCUGCCUGGAAGGACUAGUCGAUUACGUCAGAAGACAGGUGAAAUGUCCAGAAUGCCGCGCAGAACACCGCAUCCCUUACCAAGGCAUCCAGGGUUUCCCCACCAACGUGACCCUCCAAAGAUUCCUGGAACUCCACAUCGAAAUCACUGGAGAACUCCCCGAUCCCACCAGCGGGCAAGUGAUGGAGAGAUGCAACGUCUGCUCAGAGAAAGCCUACUGCAACUUCUGCCACCACUGCGACAAAAAGGUGUGCGAGGAGUGUAAGGGGGCCCACAUGGAAAUCCUCAGACGCGAAAUCUCCAGAAUAAACAACCAAAUCAGACGCGGAAUCCAUCGGUUGCAAGACAGCCUGUCUUUGGUCGAGAAAAACACGCAGAACAUCCAGACCAACUGUUUAUCAGUCAGCGAGGAGAUCGAGGAGAUCUACCGGAGGUUGAACAAAGCUUUAAAGGACCGCACCGAAUACUUGCGAGGAGAAAUCGAUCGUUACAUGGGCACGGAGAUGCGCACCCUCACAGGCCUCAAGGAAAACUUGGAGCAAGAGGUGGCCAACAUACUGAGCAACUGUGACUUGGCCGACAAACAUAUGAACGAAAACGUCGACAUAUGGGACGACUGCGAGCUGAUGGACGCCAAAGAGAUUUUCCUGAAAACCGUAGAGUUCAUUAGGAACUUCGAGUACGAAAACACCGACUACAGCAGGAAAAUCAGACUGAUCCUGGCCCACGAUCCUAACCAGCUGGUGCUCCACGUGGCCGGUUACGGAGAUUUAAAUAUCGCGAACAGCAACAGCCCCUUCUCGCAAGGGACCAGUACCGGGGGCCUCCUACAGCCCCCCGGGCCUGGACUAAUGCGAUCCAAAAGUGACCAUAGAUUGGCCUUCAGAAACCAGGAGCCCAUCUAUGGCGAGCAAGAGGAACAAGUGUUAAGCGGGCGUAAGUUCGGCGAGCGACGUCAACAGAAGGGCGACUCCCAUAGCGAUAGAUACGGCUAUAGGGGCGGCGACGAGGAUUACGAUCGCGAAGUUCCAACUCGGUCCAAAUAUAGCAGUCGCUUCCGCAGAAGAAACACCAUGGCGGAAGACGAUUCUGAUAACGAGACAGCCAGAAACGUGCGCUUCCACGAUCAGCAACAGAAAACGCACGAGCGCGAGCGACCUUUGGACACCGAGGAUGUGACACGUGGCCCCUUGAGCGGGAUCACCCGGCUAGCGGACUCCCCCAGGGUGAUGAAGAAGCUGCAAGAGAACCCCACGGGGAAGAAAGAGAAGAAGCCGGAGGCGGCUCCCCAGCCAAAACCGCCCCAAGUGACGGCCCCCAAAAGGGCCCCCGCCACCAGACAGGUGAGCGAGGAGGACGAAAUAUCGAGGAUUAAAAAGCAAAACAAGGGGGCGACCACCUCGGCGGAACAAGUAACAGAGAGUCGCCCCAGUAGCGACAGAGCAACAGUCGAGGAAAGACACCCGCCAGCGAGGAAAACACCAUCCGCCGCCCCCGAGGCCCCGCCCAGCAGCGCCGAAGACUCCGAAGAAACCCCCAAUCAAAAGAAAACUUUAACAGCAGCAGCAACUAGAAGACCGUCAUCAGAGGCUGCUCAUAAAAAAACCGCGCGGUCACCAAGCAGCGACUCCUCUUCUUCCGCGGAAUCAUCCUCCUCCUCGGCGGUGCGCAGCACCGGAGCCCCCUUCACCACCGAGGAAGUGAAACAGAAAUAUUUGGCGAAGAGCGACCACGUGGCAGCACCACAGAAAACCUUCCAGAGCAGAUUCUUGAAUAAACCGGCCACCGUGCCUCCCCCCAAGCAAGAAGAAGAAGAGGAGGAGGAGGAAUCGGAGACCAGCUCAGAAGAAGAGAGCGAAACCGAAGAGGAAUCGGAUGAGCCGUCAAGUAAGAGCAAGAUGGAUGACGCGAAGAUGGCUAAGAGUGACAUAGGGGCUUUGCUAGCUCGCAGCGCGCACGCCCGUGACGCUCAAACAGAUAAUUUCCGUAAAAAAGAGGAUUCUCCCGUGAAUCGGUCAAGGUACUCUAGUAGCGCGGACGAUCACGCGAACAGGUAUGGAAGGCGGCGCACCACGACCACCUCCGAGGACGAUCCUCCUCGCUACGGCUACACCAGCCGCUUCCUAAAUAAGAGCAAAAGCUCCGCGGCAAUAGCGCACGACGAUGAGGACCACAGCCCCCGCUACACCACCACCACCACCUCAACAACAACAACAAACGACGAAGACUCCAAAUACCCCACCAGUAGAUCCAGAUAUAUGGCACUGAAAGAUCGCAGGCAAAGACUAGCCAGGAGUCGUAGCAGUCAACAGUUCGGUGACGAAGAGGAGGCGGACGACACCACCUCGCCGAUUUCACCGACCACCUCGAACCCCUCGGCCUAUUUGGCCUCCAGGGGCUACGGUACGGCGUCCGCUCACGAUUUGGCCCGAAGUCGAUCCUCGCACGCCCUCAAAUCUCGCGAUAAUUCGCCGGAGAAGACGGGGGGCGGCGGGGGGGCCGCCUCCGAGAAAGACGGGGCGGCUCUGAGCUCUUGGGCGAGAUAUUUGAAGAACAAGUACGGUAACAGAAGUGGCGGCGGGGCGAAGGAGAAGGAGGGCGGAGGCGGCGGAGGGGCGAGUGGCGGUGCGAGUAGCUCCUCGACGGCGGCGGCCAGGCGGUUGUCUUUGGGGUUGCCCUUGCGCUCCUCCACCGAGCUGGCCAGUUCUGAUGAUGAUUCAAAAAACAUGCGAGGCUCCCCCACUACCCCAACUACAGCUACGGCGGCCGGUAUCGCGGCAGCAGCAGCAGGUACCUUCCCUAGAAGUCAGUACCUGCAAAAAUGCCAGCAGCUGUUCCAGAUCGGUGGUCGGGGGAGCGAAGCCGGAUGUUUCACGUGGCCACGGGGCGUGGCCGUCGGUCCAGACAACACCAUCAUCGUGGCCGACUCAUCUAAUCAUCGGGUGCAAGUUUUUGAUUCUCGCGGACGUUUUUUGAAAGAGUUCGGACAGUACGGAAGCGGAGAGGGGGAGUUCGAUUGUCUGGCGGGCGUGGCCGUCAAUAGGAUCGGCCAGUUCAUUAUUGCCGACCGCUACAACCAUCGGAUCCAGGUGUUCGAUCCAUCUGGGCGAUUCCUGCGCACGUUCGGGAGUCAAGGUACCGCAGAUGGACGUUUCAACUACCCUUGGGGCAUCGCCACUGACGCCCUAGGUUUCAUCUAUGUGUGCGACAAGGAAAACCACAGAAUCCAGGUUUUCCAGUCGGAUGGGACCUUCGUAGGGAAAUUCGGCACCAUGGGAAGCAAAGAGGGUCAACUGGAACACCCCCACUACAUCGCGGUAUCCAACACCAACAAAGUGAUCGUGUCCGAUUCAAACAACCACCGCAUUCAAAUUUUCGAUAUUAACGGCAAGGUGAUCUCGUCGUUCGGGGUGGAAGGGUCCGAGGAGGGCGAAUUCAAAUUUCCACGUGGGGUGGCCGUUGACGAUCAGGGUUACAUUUGUGUCGCGGACUCUGGAAACAAUCGAAUCCAGAUCUUCCAUCCGGACGGGAAGUUCUUGAGGGCCUUGGGGUGCUGGGGCACGCAGAAGGGCGAGUUUAAGGGUCUCGAGGGGGUCGCGAUGACCCCCGACGGCCACAUCCUGGUGUGCGAUCGCGAAAACCAUAGGAUUCAAGUGUUUUAAUUAUUAAUAUUUAAAUUUUUUCUCCUUCUUUUGGUUAUAUUGUGUGUUAUUAAUGAAUUAAUAAACCUAUUUGCAUUUCUUUA